CAGUUUGAACACAAUCGACUUGUACAUUGCAUAUUUCAGUAUGUUUUUGAACCUAACUUUCAUAUGGCUCUCAGUAUUUUGGGCACAGUGUGAAAAAGUGUCACCGAAACCAGGCUUGAAACUUUUCCGAGAGGAUUAUAAAAGCGUUCAAGAAACUUGCAUUGCUGUCGGAUUUGUGAAAAACAGCUGUACAAAUGAUACAAAGAUAGGGAUUGCCUUUGAUGCUCGAUUGGGAAAACAAAUAAGGAAUCUUGCGACCAAAGGCCGGGUUGUUUUUGAUACAGUUGUUCUAAACCAAGGAUCAGGAUAUGACGCAUCUACUGGAGUCUUCACGGUCCCUAGUGGCGGAACCUACGUGUUCGACUGGACAAUUCUUGCAUGGCACGGCUUGUAUGCCCACACUGCACUCGCCGUUAAUGACCAGUUUAAAUCAUGGAGUCACUGCUACGCAGGAAAGUCCAAUAAUUAUCGAUCCUGUAGCAAACUGUCGAUACUGAAGCUACAUAAAGGAGAUAAAGUCGGGAUUGCAGUUUUUAGUGGAUCAGCUGACAUUCAUGAAAAAUACACGUCUUUUUCUGGCUUUAAACUGUAAUUUUGUAACAUAACUUGCUACACAAAAAAAUGGAAGGCUUCUAUAAGACGAAAAAUCUUACUCUAAUGUUGUUUUUUGUGUGAAGAAAGUAAUAAAAGGUAACGGGUUGUGUUUGUGUUAAAAUAAUUUAGCAUGGCCAAAUUGAGUUCAAUUUCUAUUUCUGAUUAAACAGUGUCGGUCAAAACUCUCAAUGGUAUGUUCAAAAUCUUUCUUUAGAUCUGAACCUGUUGAUGAUCAUGCAAAAUAAAUAUAGUCGAAAACUUUAAUGUAAGGGUAACUAAAAUUACAAAUAGAAAAUUUGACAUAUUUAACUCCAAGUUAAGCAAAUUUUGUACAUCUUAUAAAUUUAAUGUCAAAUUACGUACGAUCCUGUCAUUUCUUUAGACGGCAAUAAUAUCAUAAAAAUCUUCAAGCAAGUUGCUCAAUUAUUAAAAGCCAAAUUCAGAUGCGGUUUGAUAUAGUUGAUUCAUAAUUCAAUAAGUCAACACCAAUUAGAGCAUUGCUUUCAUACUUAAAAACAACUGGCUUUUUUAAUAUUAUAAAAUAAGAGAUGUUUUACAAUUAACAUUCUGUUUUGUGUGAUUAGAGUUUUGUAUGGUCAUCCAAUAGUACGUCUAAGUGGGGGUUUUCUGCGGGCAGCAAUAAUACUUAUACAUGUAUCUUUUGAUUGUCAUAAAUAAAAGCGUUUAUGCAUUACUUACGAUAAAUCUCUUCUUUGAAACUGACUCAAACCGGGAGUAUACAGUUAAUUUGAACCAAGGAUCGGGAUAUCACGCAUCUACUGGAGUCUUCACGGUCCCUAGUGGCGGAAUCAACGUGUUCGAAUGGACAUUUCUUGCAUGGCAAGGCUUGUAUGCCCAAACUGCACUCGCCCUUAAUGACCAGUUUAAAUCAUGGAAUCACUGCCACUCUGGAAAGUUCAUUAAUUGGCGAUCCUGUAGCAAAAUGUCGAUACUGAAGCUAAAUAAAGGAGAUAAAGUUGGGAUUACAGUUUUUAAUGGACCAGCUGACAUUCACAAACAAUACACGUCUUUUUUUGCUUUAAACUGUAAAUUUGUAUCAUAACUUGCUACACAAAAAAUGGAGGGCUUCCAUAAGACGAAAAAUCUUACUCUAAUGUUGUUUUUUGUGUGAAGAAAGUAAUAA